AAGAGGAGGGGCUCCUCCUCUCCGGUCUUGCACCUCACGCUGCGAGAUAUUCAGUAGCAAGGUCUCUGCACACCAGUCAGUCUACCAGUUCCCAGCCUGUGAAACAGCGCGCAGCCCGAGUACCAGCCAGACAGCCACAAUCUUUUUUUCUUCUUUUUCUGGACGGCUAGUGUUUUCUCGGCGCCGCGAGCUCGUUUCGCAACCCGGCGUGGUUUUCGGUGCACCGGGUGUCACAGAGCAGCAUCCUGCUAACCUCACUGCGCACGGAUCUCAGUGACUGAUUUCUGCCAUGCAUCCGCAUUGGGGGAUUACGGGUCAUGCAGCAUAGGCUUUAUUAUUUCCCUGUGCUUUGAUCCAUGCUCAUUACACCAUGUUUUUUCCUGAUUUGUCAGACAUAUGUAGUGACAGAAGAUCAUUUCAUUGUUGGCAGCUGCACGCAUUGCCUGCCUGUGUCUGUCUCACAUCUUCACUGACAUCUCUGCUUGCACGCUGUGUUUUGUAGACCCCCCCCCUCUCUCCCCUAAUAUUUUUUUGGGGGGGGGCAAGGCAUCUCCAUCAUCCUCACAGAAAUGCCACACCAAUGCUGGCCGCUGACAUCCCGCCAGCCUUCUUAAAAACAACACAAAUAAAACGUCCGGAUCGCGGGGUGAACCGACAUGGAUAGCGGGAGCCGGGUUGCGACGGUCGGAGAUGGUGCAGCCAAUUUCACAGCAGCCCGCCUCUGGCUGGAUCUCCUGAACGCUUCGAGCCCGCCGACGUGGUGGGACAGCAGCCCGCCACGCGAGGGGACCGGGCUGGGCGAGCAGCAGCGCCUCGUCCGAGAGCAAGCCUACCGGGACUUCACCACCACCAUCCAGGUUUUUAUCCUCAUAGGUUCGCUGCUCGGAAAUGCCUCGGUGUUGUGGUGCACCUGCUGCACAAACGUCUUUAAAUCCGUGACCAACCGAUUCAUCAAGAACCUGGCGUACUCGGGUAUCUGCGCCGGCCUGGCGUGCGUUCCCUUCGACGUGGCGCUCGGAGCCAGCCCUCGCUGCUGCUGGUGGCUUCACACUCUGCUGCUCUGCAAGGCCAUCAAGUUCCUCCAUAAGCUCUUCUGCUCGGUCACUGUGCUCAGCUUCAGUGCCAUCGCACUCGACAGGUACUACUCUGUGCUGUACCCGUUGGAGAGGAAGAUCUCAGAUGCAAGAUCCCGAGAUCUGGUCAUCUAUAUUUGGAUCCACGCGACGGUGGCGAGCCUUCCUGUGUUCGCCGUGACCAAUGUAACAGAUGUGUACGUCACCUCGUCCUGCUCCGAUGACCACGCCCGCUCCCUGGGCCACAAGGUGUACGUGUUGAUCUACAGUGUCACCACGGUGAUCCUCCCCCUCGCUCUGGUCUUCCUCUUCAUGCUGCUGAUCCGCAGAGCGCUCAGUUCCAGCCAGAAGAAGAAGGUGAUAAUCGCCGCGCUGCGGACUCCCCAGACCAGCAUCUCCAUCCCGUAUGUGUCCCAGAGAGAAGCUGAGCUACACGCCACUCUGCUGGCUGUGGUGCUGGCCUUCUCAGCCUGCAGCGCCCCCUAUGGGGCAUUGGUGGUUUAUCGCACCAUUUUGGCAGACACUACAGAGCUACCCAUUUCGCUGUACCUGACGGCCCUCUGGCUACCCAAGGUGUCCCUGCUCACCAACCCACUUUUGUUUCUGACUGUCAACCGCUCAGCGCGUCAUAGCUGGCUGGACCUGCUGGCCAGGAUUCACAGACGUUACAGCCGCCGAAACGUGGUCAGCACCGGGGGUCUGGCCUCUUUAGGAGCAGAGGGUGUGAUCGGGGAGCCGGUGGGACUGGAGACAGCCGGCCGCUCUGGGAGCCAGCUUCUGGAGAUGUUUAACAUUGGCCAGCAGCAGAUCUUCAGGCCCUCUGAGGAAGAAGGGGAAGAAGAUGACGCAGAGAAAGAGAACCCUUGUCAAGGAUCAGAAGGCUGCUCAGGGCCUAAAGAGGACCUCAAGGGUGGGUCGAGACUAGGAAGCUUCAGAGGGGAGGCGAUCACCAAAAAGGAUCCUCUGCAGGGGACAGGGGGAGGGCUGAUCAUCACCAAGGACGGCCCUCCUGCAAUCGUAGCACCCCGGGCCUCUCCGGUCCACACGUGUGCUUACGCCUCUUCAUCUCAGGUGGCACCAGCUACACCCACAGAAGCUGAGGACUCCACACAAUUUGGUUUUGGACCCUUCGAGCUGCCACCUCAGUGGUUACCAGAGACCAGGAACAGCAAGAAGAGGCUGCUGCCUCCGCUGGGUAACACACCCGAGGAGCUGAUCCAGACCAAACUGCCCAGGCCGCGGCCUGAACGGAGAAUCAGCAGGAACAACAAGGUCAGCACCAUCUCCACUGUCGACCCGUGAACUAUUCUGGCCUCUGACCUGCAACACUAUACACAGCUCAUUACAGGGAAGGCCUCUUGGGUUGGCCAGGCCUUUACAGGAUAUUGAUGUGUCAAGUUGCUCGGUUGAUUUGACCCCUUUUAGAGGUCCAGGUUUUUUCACUUAACUGCACAAAAGCUAGACGCCUGAAGCACUGCAGUUUUCUUAUUGGCAAGAAUCAAUUUCAUAUUGAAAAUAUUUACAAUGCUGUCUGCUCAUGAUUAAGGACUCCUACAACGGCCGCAUGAUUAUUGAGAAGGCAGAUACCUUUUUUGAAUCUUCUUGUUUUGAUGAGAGCUGGCAUCAGUAGUUUAAUGAACACUGUACAAAUCCAAUUAUCCUGAGAGAUGCACUGAUACAAAAUAAUCUAUUUCCAUAUAAUAAAAAAAAUCAAGCGAGGAUAUUGAAUCUCCAAAACAAAACAUUUUGUACUCUGUUGCACUCGGUAAAUGAACACGUCUAAGUGUCAGUCCUUUCAGUUAACCCUUUGUCUCACUUUUGGAUAAUAUUCAGAUUUCUUCUAAUGUGGUAGAUGUUGUUGUCAUUUGUACUUUAAAUGUAUGUGGAUUUGAUAAAGACGAAAAAUGCAGAUGUGUGCAAAUACAUGUGAAAAGAAUGUGUUACUUUCAGAGUUUAAUUGGUGUUCAGACAUGUUUUCUGGAUCACAAAGUGCAUCAAAUAUACAGAAAAAUGGAAGAAUAUUACAAAUGUGCUUUGAUAAGAAAAGAAAAUCCAGGUCGGGCAUCUUUUAGUCCCCUUCAAUCAAUAUUAUUGAUUCCUCCCAGGUUUCCUGAAAAUCAAUUGCUCAAUCAAAUGACUGUAAAAUAAAGCAAAUAAGAUCUACAAGCGCGCAUUUUUAUAUCACCAAAUAGUCUGUGAAAUGGUUUUCAAUUUUCAAUUUCACUGACACAUGGUACUGUUUGCUCUGCCUCCUUUGUGAUGCAUAAUUCAACAGCGGCAGCCUCAACCUGAAGCUUUGGAUGAGGUAAACAGAGCUGGGCAACACUUCAAAUAUUUGUCAAGGCGUAACUCUCUUCGGGGCUACCCACAAUCCCCUGCUAUGUCCACAAAGGACCUGAAUCUAUACUGCAUCCUACCCAUGCUGUUAUCAGGCACAAUUGUGCAGUCAUGCCUGACUGGAAACAGUAUCCAUUGCUGCCACAGGAAAGAGAUGAGUAACAUGUUUAUUGUUGUACGUCUGCUUCGGUGAUUACUGUGUUAGGAUGUUAUUGAAGACUACAGUAGCCGCUGAGAUAGAUAUACAGCACUGAGCCCAGAAUGCUGCUGGUUCAAAGGGUGACACGAAAAGCAGGAAGAUCAUUGAUUUGUAUCUGGUGUGAGUGUUUAAGAAUACUCUGGCCUUGGCUCAUAUUUAUUAUAUUAUUGAUUUGAUUCAAGGCUUAUUAAAACAAUCUUUAACUCCUAGAACCAUUAAGACCUUGACAACAUAGAUACAGUGCAGUAAUAUGUGUGUAUAUAUAUAUAAUGUACAGUAUAUCAGUGGUUCUCAGACUUUUUCUGUCUCGCCCCACUUUGGAGGAAGAAAAAUGUUCAUGCCCCACCGCCCCAACAAAAUUGUAACAAA